CCAAUUUCAACUUUCAACUGAACUAUUUCUCUCUUCGCCUUCCCUUCGAAUCGAAUCUGUCUGAGCAUUUGUAUGCGCAAUCCAUGCGCAUCACCAAUUUCCAUCUGAAUUUGCAAUCAUGGAAGACAAGGAGACCGAGCUCCUCUCCAAAGUCACUGCGAACCACUUGGUCCUGGGUCAAUUCGAGCCCUUUCGAGCCACGCUGCGCAGCCUUCGGGCCAGGAAGCCGGACCUUGCCCGAACAAUUCUGCAGACGAUUGUUUCCCAGGGCGGGCGCAUGGGUACGCCCGACGCGGUUCUCUGGUCCGAUUCGUGCCCUUCUCCUGCCGUCCUGACAUUUCUAUGCACCCUUGAACUGCUCCAAUUUCCUGAACCCACAUUGAAUCUCUGGUCGUUCGACCCGACUAUGUUGAAAUUGCGUUCCGAGUUUUUGUUGUAUGUACACAUGAUCACUUGCAGGGUCUUGCAAAAAGUUAAAGAUGGUGCAAAUUUGGAAGGGGGUCAGUAUUUGAACGAGGGUACGGGCGGAGAUGAAGAGCUAAGGGUUUUGGAAAGGGUUUCCAAGGUUGGGUUUAGUCGAUUGAGUCCGGAUUUGACUGAAUUGGAGGGAUUGGAGACGUGCGACCCCCAGUGUUUGGAUGAAGGUGAAUUGAUGAAAUUGAGGGGCGUUGUUUUGGAAAAUCCUGAUAUUUUUGAUGUUUUGUGUUCUAAUAUUGAGCAGCAAGUGGGGAGCUUGGAUAAUGAGGAGCCUGGGGAUUUGGCUAUUGCAUUAAGGGAGGAGGUGAAGUGUCGGGAGGAGGAGGAUGAGAUUCUGAGGUUGAUCCAGAAGUGUGUUCAGGUAGCACACUUAGAUGCCAUGAGAGAGUGUUUGAGUAAUGGUGAUCAGGAAGGUGCAGAGUCACAUAUUAGGUUUCUUUACUUGAACCGUGGAGUUGAAGAAUCCAAAUAUCGUGUGGUCUUGCAUGAUCUCUUAAAGAGGGUGUUGUCAGGAGAAAAAGAUUAUGAAGAAACCUCACUUGCCAUGCGAAGUAAUAUGUUAUCAAUAUAUGCACAAGCGCUUUCAUCUCACUGCACUCGUCUUGUUCAGAUGCUACAGUUCAUCCAAGAUGAUUUACUUGAAGAGGAAAUCAAGACCUACAGUGCUGCCGAAAGGGACCAGAUUCCUCUCCCACUCCAAUGUCUUCUGAAGUCUAUUCCACAGUCACCUGAAACACUUUCAGCUAAGAAACCUUUGACUUUCAAGUCCAUGACAGACCUUUGCAUGAGAGAAACCUAUCAUUACUCUCGUGUUAGAGGCUUGCAUGUACUUGAAUGUAUUGUUAAUGUCGCAUUGUCCUUUGUUCGGAAAGAGCAGAUUCAUGAAGCCUGCCAGGUUCUUAUGCUGUUUCCUCGGCUUCAACCACUGGUAGCUGCUUUGGGUUGGGAUCUUUUGGCUGGGAAAACAACAGUGAGAAGGAAGCUGAUGCAGUCUCUGUGGACAAGUAAAUCUCAAGCUCUACGAUUGGAAGAGUCUUCUCCUUGUAAUAAUAAUGUAGAGGAGGCAUCAUGCAUAGAACAUCUUUGUGAUACAUUGUGCUACCAGCUGGACAUUGCUUCUUUUGUCGCCUGCAACAAUUCUGGUCAAUCUUGGAGUCUUAAAUCCUCAAUACUCUUGUCGGGAAAAGACAUUGCAGAACAUUUGAAUGAAGAUGCUGAAUGUGAUCCGUUUGUUGAAAAUUUUGUACUGGAGAGAUUGUCAGUCCAGAGUCCGCUUCGAGUAAUAUUUGAUUUAGUUCCCUACAUAAAAUUUCAAGAUGCAAUUGAACUGCUUAGCAUGCAGCCUAUUACUUCUACACCAGAAGCUUGGAAGAGGAUGCAAGAUAUUGAGCUUGUACACAUGAGAUAUGCUCUUGAAUUUUCUAUCAUUGCUCUUGGAGCUAUGGAAAACAGCACAGCUGAUGGAACUGGAGAUCAGGAAAUGAUUUUGUCGUCUCUGAAGGAACUGAAGAAUCACUUGGAUGCAGUCACUAAUAUCUCUCGCAAGGUAUAUAUGGUGAACAUAAUUAUUUCACUUCUCUACAUGGACGGUCUACAAAUUGACUCCGUAUCUUAUGAUCCAUCGAGUAUGCCUUCUAAUUCAUCAAAUAUUCAUGACGGGGGACAAGCCAAUGCUCCAAGCCAUGAAAUAGGAAAUGAGAUGAUUGUCUGUUUUACGGGACAGAUACUUGAUGUUUUGCGGCAGCAGCUACCAUCGAUAUCCGAUAUGGAAAAUUCCUUGGACAGUCAUGUUUCUGCUGGAAGUAAACAAGCUGUAGAAUGGAGAAUCAUGAGGGCAACACGUUUUGUUGAAGAUUGGGAAUGGCGUCUGUCUAUUUUGCAGCGCCUCAUGCCAUUAUCUGAACGUCAGUGGAGGUGGAAGGAAGCUUUAACGGUGCUGCGUGCUGCUCCAUCUAAGCUACUUAAUCUUUGUAUGCAAAGGGCGAAAUAUGACAUUGGAGAAGAAGCUAUUUCUCGGUUUUCCUUACCACCAGAAGACAAAGCAACAUUGGAAUUAACUGGAUGGGUUGAUGAUGCCUUCAAACAGGCUUCUGUGGAGGAUGUGGUGUCACGUGCUGCUGAUGGUACAUCUGCUCAAGAAUUGGAUUUUUUGUCACUACGUUCUCAAUUGGGUCCUUUGGCAGCUAUUCUUUUAUGCGUUGAUGUAGCUGCAGCAUGUUCAAAGCUGCCCAGUGUGUCUUUGAAGCUACUGAAUCAAGCGCAAGUCAUGCUCUCUGAGAUAUAUCCUGGAAGUGCACCAAAGAUUGGACCAAAUUAUUGGGAUCAAGUCCGUGAAAUGGCAAUUAUUUCUAUUGUCAAGCACGUUCUUAAGAAUUUCUUAGAGUUAUUGGAACAGGAUGAAUCACCAGCCCUUCAGGCAGCAUUAUCAGGUGAAAAAAUUCAAAUGUUGUCAAAAGAAUUUCACAGACAAGGAAAUAGAGACCGGGCUCUUGUAUUGCUUCAUCAAAUGAUCGAAGAUGCCCACAUGGGAAAGCGACAGUUCCUUAGUGGUAAACUUCAUAAUCUAGCAAGAGCCAUUGCUGAUGAAGAAACAGAAUGGGAUCACAAUAUUGGGGAUGGUUCACAUUCUGAUGGGAGAGGUACUUCAAGCAUUGACAAGAGUGUGGUUCUUGGGCUUGGUUUAAAAACCUUAAAGCAGCCGCCUGUGACACAUGAUGCUGGUGACAGCGUUGUAAAUUCUGCAACAUAUGAUGUCAGAGAGUCUGGUAAAAUCUUUUUUGGUCCAUUUGGUUCCAAGAUUACCACUUUCCUUUCUCAAUUUAUCCUUCAUAUUGCUGCAAUUGGUGAUAUCGUUGACGGGACCGAUACAACUCACGACUUCAACUACUUUUCACUUGUCUAUGAGUGGCCUAAGGAUCUUUUAACUCGAUUGGUGUUUGAGAGAGACAGUACAGAUGCAGCUGCUAAGGUGGCAGAUAUAAUGAAUUCAGACUUUGUCCACGAAAUAAUUUCAGCAUGUGUACCCCCUGUUUAUCCUCCGAGAUCUGGUCAUGGCUGGGCUUGCAUCCCGGUGAUUCCCACUAUCCCUAAGAGUAAUACUGAAAACAAGGUUCUCUCACCUUCAUCUCGAGAAGUAAAACCCAAAUUCUAUAUUCGGUCUUCUGCUACUCCAGAAAUCCCUUUAUACCCUCUCAAGUUAGAUGUUGUUAAACAUCUUGUCAAACUAUCUGCUGUUCGAGCUGUCCUGGCAUGUGUAUUUGGAAGUACUAUGUUAUACAGUGGCAGUGACUCAGCUAUCUCUAGUUCUUUAAGCGACAAUGUAUUGCCAACACCUGAUGUUGAUAGGUUCUUCUACGAGUUUGCUCUUGAUCAAUCAGAGAGGUUUCCAACAUUGAAUCGCUGGAUACAAAUGCAAACUAACCUUCAUCGAGUAUCUGAGUUUGCUGUCAUGUUGGAACAUGAAACAGAUGAUGUCAAAGACUAUUCUGAACCCAAAACUGCUAUGAAGCGAUUUCGUGAAAGUGAUAGCGAUACUGAAUCAGAAACUGACGAAAUUGCUGCAAACAACAAUAUUACUAUGCCACUUUCAGAUCUUAAAGAUCAAAGCAAUGCGGCUUCUGAUUCUUGGCAUGAGUUUUCAAAUUCUGAUAAUGCUGAAUCCGAUAAAACAGUCUUCCUAUCAUUUGAUUGGGAGAAUGAAGGGCCCUAUGAGAAAGCUGUAGAUAGACUGAUUGAAGAGGGAAAAUUGUUGGAUGCUCUUGCUCUGUCAGACCGGUUUUUGCGCAAUGGGGCAUCGGACCGAUUACUUCAGAUGCUUAUAAUAAGUGGAGAAGAUGAUAAUAUCUUAGAUUCUCAAGGCAGUUCUGGCCUUCGUGUCUGGAGCAACAGUUGGCAGUACUGUCUACGCCUGAAGGAUAAGCAGCUGGCUGCUCGACUUGCUCUCAAAUAUUUGCAUAGGUGGGAACUUGAAGCAGCUUUGGAUGUUCUCACUAUGUGUAGUUGCCAUUUACUUGAUGGUGACCCACUUAAAAUUGAGGUUGUGCUUCAGAGGCAAGCUCUCUGCAGAUACAAACACAUUCUGUGUGCUGAUGAUGGUUACAAUAGCUGGCAAGAGGUUGAGAUACAUUGUAAAGAAGAUCCCGAGGGUCUUGCACUUAGAUUGGCUGAGAAAGGAGCAGUAUCUGCUGCUUUAGAAGUUGCUGAAAGUGCAGGACUUUCUAUUGAACUGCGAAGAGAACUUCAAGGCCGUCAACUUGUUAAGCUUCUCAAUGCUGAUCCAUUAAAUGGUGGUGGUCCUGCAGAAGCUUCACGAUUUCUUUCUUCUCUUCGUGACUCUGAUGAUGCUUUGCCUGUUGCAAUGAGUGCAAUGCAGCUCUUGCCCAACCUUCGAUCCAAACAACUUCUUGUGCACUUCUUUCUAAAGAGAAGAGAUGGAAACCUGUCCAAGGUUGAGGUUUCCCGGUUGAACUCAUGGGCUUUAGGUCUCCGUGUACUAGGUUCAUUGCCCUUGCCAUGGCAGCAAAGAUGCUCUUCCCUACAUGAGCACCCUCACUUGAUUCUAGAAGUUUUGUUGAUGAGGAAACAGCUACAGUCUGCUUCUCAGAUUCUUAAAGAGUUCCCAUUAUUGAGAGACAACAACAUGAUUCUUGCAUAUGCUGCGAAGGCUAUUGCUAUUAGCAUGAACGCCCCCACAAAGGACUCCAGAAUUUCAACUUUUGGUCCAAGACAAAAGCCAAGAACAAAGGCUACCACAUCAACUCGUUCAUCAUUUAGUAACAGCCUUAGUAAUUUUCAAAAAGAGGCUCGCAGGGCAUUUUCCUGGACUCCUCGCAACACAGGAGAUAAGGGCACAUCAAGGGAGAGCCAAAGAAAGAGAAAGAGCUCUGGAUUAACACAAUCUGAAAAGGUUGCUUGGGAGGCAAUGGCAGGUAUUCAGGAAGACCGUGCCUCUGUGUUUUCUGCUGAUGGGCAAGAAAGGCUUCCUUCUGUUUCUAUUGCAGCAGAGUGGAUGCUAACAGGUGAUGCUAACAAGGAUGAAUCAGUUCGUUCAUCUCAUCGAUAUGAAAGUGCCCCUGACAUCACGUUAUUCAAGGCAUUGCUUUCACUAUGCUCGGAUGACUCUGCUUCGGGAAAAGGUGCUUUGGACUUGUGUGUUAAUCAGAUGAGACAUGUUUUGAGUUCACAGCAACUACCAGAAAAUGCAUCUAUGGAAACUAUUGGCCGAGCAUACCAUGCAACAGAAACAUUUGUGCAGGGCCUUCUUUUUGCUAAAUCUCAGCUAAGAAAGGUUUCUGGUGCAAUUGAUUUGUCUAGCAAUUCGGACAAGGGAAGAGAUGCUGAUGACUCAUCUUCUGAUGCUGGCAACUCCAGCUUGGGUAAUCAAUCUACUGAUGAACUUUCUGAGGCACUAUCACAAGUUGAUAUAUGGCUUGGACGUGCUGAAUUGCUUCAAAGUCUUCUGGGAUCAGGCAUAGCUGCUUCCCUAGAUGAUAUUGCUGAUAAAGAAUCAUCUGAGCAUCUUCGUGAUCGAUUGAUCCAAGAAGAGCGAUAUAGCAUGGCUGUAUAUACUUGCAAGAAGUGUAAGAUCGAUGUUUUCCCUGUAUGGAACUCAUGGGGCCAUGCUCUUAUUCGAAUGGAGCACUACGCACAAGCUCGAGUAAAAUUCAAGCAAGCUCUUCAGCUGCACAAGGGUGACUCUGCGCCUGUGAUCCUAGAGAUCAUCAAUACUAUUGAAGGUGGUCCAACAGUUGAUGUUGCCUCUGUUCGAUCCAUGUAUGAACAUUUGGCAAAAAGUGCACCCGCAGUUUUGGAUGAUCCACUUUCUGCUGACUCCUAUCUCAAUGUUCUUUACAUGCCUUCCACAUUUCCACGCUCAGAGAGAUCUAGAAGGUUACCAGAAGCUAGAAAAGAUGAUUCUACUUUUAAUGCAGAUCUGGAAGAUGGACCACGCAGCAACCUCGACAAUAAUAGAUACCUUGAAUGUGUUAACUAUUUACAAGAGUAUGCUCGUCAGCAUUUGCUUGGUUUCAUGUUUAGGCAUGGCCGGUACAAAGAGGCUUGCUUCUUAUUCUUUCCUGCCGAUUCUACUACACCGCAGCCAUCCUCUACUGGAGUAACUUCAUCUUCUUCUCAACAGAAACCUGACCCUUUGGCAACUGACUAUGGAACAAUUGACGAUUUAUGUGACCUGUGUGUUGGCUAUGGCGCUAUGUCUGUCCUAGAGGAAGUGAUUUCAUCAAGGAUUAUGGCAACACAAGGGCAGGCAAUGCAGCAGCACACUACUGUAGCUGUAGCCCGUAUAUGCCUCUACUGUGAAAGUCAUAAACAUUUCAACUAUUUGUACAAGUUUCAGGUGCUGAAGAAGGACUAUGUAGCUGCUGGCCUCUGUUGCAUUCAGUUGUUCAUGAACUCUGCUUCACAAGAAGAAGCUUUAAAACACUUGGAACAUGCUAAGAUGCAUUUUGAUGAAAGCUUGUCUGCACGAUCCAAAGGAGGGGACACAACAAAACUUGUAACUAAAGGUGUUAGAGGGAAAUCUGCUUCUGAGAAGCUUACUGAAGAAGGACUGGUCAAAUUUUCUGCUCGUGUUGCCAUUCAGAUGGAUGUUGUGAGAAGCUUCAGUGAUGCCGAGGGACCACAGUGGAGACACUCUCUUUUUGGUAAUCCAAAUGACCCUGAGACCUUCAGGAGAAGAUGUGAAAUUGCGGAGACUCUAGCUGAGAAAAAUUUUGACUUGGCUUUCCAAGUAAUAUAUCAGUUCAAUCUUCCUGCCGUUGAUAUAUAUGCUGGGGUUGCCGCAUCGCUUGCUGAAAGAAAAAAAGGUGGUCAAUUAACUGAGUUUUUCAAGAACAUAAAGGGUACCAUAGACGAUGAUGACUGGGAUCAGGUUUUGGGAGCAGCAAUUAAUGUGUAUGCCAACAAACAUAAGGAACGACCUGAUCGCCUUAUUGACAUGCUGACUAGCAGCCACAGGAAAGUAUUGGCCUGUGUUGUUUGUGGUCGUCUAAAAAGUGCUUUCCAAAUAGCAUCGCGGAGUGGAAGUGUAGCUGAUGUUCAGUAUGUUGCACAUCAGGCAUUACACGCCAAUGCUCUCCCUGUUCUUGACAUGUGCAAACAGUGGUUGGCUCAAUACAUGUAGCCGUACCAUUGAGGGCCUUCUUCCUAUUCGAUUGCAUUGUGGCGGCGGCAAAGAGUUUGCCUCGUUUGGAUGGUGCACUACAUAGAGUGAUAAAUUUAUGUUGGAUUCCGAGAUAGAGAAUAAGCAGCACAUUUUGACUCUUUUAAAAUGCAUAUACACUUGUAUGUAUAUAUGUAUAUAUAUAUAUAUUCAGUCUAUAUUGGAAGUUGGGUUGGAAUGGGAUGAUGAGAAUUCGAGACGAGGGUGCUGAGUUUUAAAGUUUGCCCUCCACAAUUUGAUGGAUAUAUUUAGUUAGUAAUUUGCUGGUUUUUGACAUAUGUAUAUUUCUGGUAGAUUGUAAGUUUGUAACCCCACCCCACCCCACCCCACCCCCCUUCUUUUAACUAUCAGCAAAUAUAUAUAAAAUCAUGAAAGUAUUGUUUCUCGUUUAUAUUUAU